AUGAAAUGGAAAGAAAGCAAGAAUGUUUAUAAAGAAAUAAAACGCAUCUCAGACAAUUUCGAUACCCUUGAUUACAACAAUUUUGAGCCAUUGUUUGGUCCAGAAUUUUCGUUUGAUCCUUCGCAGUUCAUUGAUUUCGCUCAGUUGAGUGAAAUUGAGGAUAUAAGCAGUAAAGAAUCAAAACGCGAAGCUGAUCAGAUCACAGAUACUUCUUAUCCUGGCUUUUCACAUAGCUAUGAUUUCAUCGGCCACACUAAUUCGGAGUCAUCACUUGGCUCAGAUAUGGAUUCAUACAGGAAUGUGUGGAGAGAGGGUAAUGGAGAAAUAAAAACGAAUGAUGAUAAAGUGCGACAUCUUUCUAUUAGAGGUGAGAUUUUUGCUUCAAAUAUGCGAAAGACUAAUAAACAGCAUCUUGUAAUCUAA